AGCAGCACAAGAACAAGAACGAGAACAAGAAUAAGCAGAAUAAGACGCAGAGCCCUUUCUGAGCAGAAGAAGAGAGAAAGGCUUCACUCAGACUAAAUGGCUUCCAGAUCGGAAAAGGAUCUCUGCUGCCCUGUCUGUCAGGACAUCUUCAGAGAGCCUGUUGUUCUGUCAUGUAGCCACAGCUGCUGUAAAGACUGUCUCAAGAGCUGGUGGAGAGGGAAACAAACACAGAAUUGUCCUCUUUGUAAGAGUCAAUCUUUGUUUGAACCACCUUUAAACCUGGUGUUAAAGAACCUGUGUGAGGCCUUCUUACAGGAGAGAGAUAUGAGAGCUACAGAGGCUCUCUGCUGUCUGCAUGCUGAGAAACUCAAACUCUUCUGUUUGGACCAUCAACAACCAGCGUGUCUUAUCUGCAGAGAUUCAGAAGAACACACCAACCACAGAUUCAGACCCAUCAAUGAAGUUACACAACAACACAGGAAGGAACUUCAGGAAGCUCUGGAGCCUUUAAAGGAGAAGUUAGAGGUUCUUGAACAAAUUAAAGUGACAUUUGAUAAAAUGGCAGAACACAUUCAGGUCCAGGCCCGACGCACAGAGACUCGGAUUAAGGAGCAGUUUAAGAAGCUUCAUCAGUUUCUAAAAGAGGAAGAGGAGGCCAGGAUCGCUGCACUGAGGGAGGAAGAGGAGCAGAAGAGUCAGAUGAUGAAGGAGAAGAUGGAGGCUCUGAGCAGAGAGAUAGCAGCUCUUUCAGACACAGUCAGAGCCACAGAUGACGAGCUGAGAGCUGAACACGCCUCAUUCCUGCACAACUACAAGGCUGCAGUGGAAAGAGUCAAACAGCAACCCCUGCUGGAGGAUCCACAGCUGCCCUCAGGAGCUCUGAUAGACGAGGCCAAACACCUGGGCAACCUGACCUUCAACAUCUGGAACAAGUUGAAGGACAUGGUCUCCUACAGUCCUGUGAUUCUGGACCCAAACACUGCUGGUACAGAACUCAUCCUGUCUGCAGAUCUGACCAGUGCAAGGCGAGGCAGGAGACAGGAAGUUCCUGAUAAUCCAGAAAGGGUUAAACCUAUUUGCGCUGUUCUGGGCUCAGUAGGCUUUACCUCAGGGACUCACAGCUGGGAUGUCGAGUUUGGAGACAGUAAAGCCUGGUUUUUGGGUUUGUUAGCAGAGUCUGUUGAGAGGAAAGGACUCAUACAGUCUGGAUUCCUGGGAAUAGGGCUCAGUCAAGGUAAAUGCUUAGUAUGGUCCUCAGGUUCACCCGCUAAUCCUCUGGAGCUUCUUCUGCCCUCCAAGGUCAGAGUGAAUCUGGACUGGAACAGAGGACAACUGUCAUUCUCAGAUCCUGAUACUAACACACACAUACACACCCUCACACACACUUUCACUGAGAGGAUGUUCCCAAUUAUUUUUAGUAGAAACCUGAAGAUAUUACCACAGAAGUUUUGUGUUACAGUGGAACAGACCAGUUAGAGACACAUGAUUAUUUUUCUGAUGUUGUGCAUUUCUUUAAGGAAACAGUCACUGGAUUUAGGAUCUGAAGUUUAAUCAGACCUCCUGCUGUCUCAGUAUUACAAAGACAUGUUUGUUUAUGUUGACAGCUUAAAAAAAGAUAAUUCUGUCUGUAAAAGUGUUUUUCUUCAAACUCAAAAUUUCUUCUUUGUCAUUUUAAGACCUGAAAUCCAAGAUGACAAAUCUGUUUUUGUACACACAUUUCCUCUUUUGAUUUUGUUCUUCGGGUUGACAGAAACAUAUAUUCUGUAGUGAAAGAAAUGGAAUAAACACUUUAUGCUCUUGUCAAGGUGGGAAGUUGUGAUGUUUUUUUCUACUACAAGAACAAUAUUGAAUAGGUGGCUUAAAAAAUUGUUACCAAUGGAACUACAAGCUGCCAAAAUAAACCCAGAAACAAAUAUAAUAUUCACAAUGUAUCCACUUUUGGGGAUUCAAUGAUACUUUUUUAUGAAAAUUAAAAUACCAGUAGUUGUUGAAUAGUAGUUUUAUAUUCAAUGUUACAUUGCAUAUAAAUGCCAUAAUUUAUAUUUUAUUGAAAUAUUUUCUUUGAAAAUGCAAUGUAUUUCCUGAUUGUUUUGUAUUGGAAAAAUAUAUUUGUUGAUUCAAAUUAAAAAUGCUGAAUUUUAAAAA